AUGCAAGAAGCUCGGGUUGCGCUUGACGGACUCGAGAACGCCAGGUUUGCUGUGGACUACAACGGGAAAACACUUACAGUUCUUUACUGCACUUCGCAUGCGGGCUGUAAUUCUGCUGCCAAGAUCAAGAUGAAUCCAAGCGGGAAAUACAUUUUGUCGCGGACUGGGACACGUUCUCCUGUAGUAGUGCCGACAGAUGCUCAGAGAACGGGUAUUCACAAACCGCUUCUGACAGAAGUCGACAACCUUCUUCUUGGUGGCCAAGGCCCUAAACAAUGUCUGGGUACUCUUCAGAGCAGGUAUGAAAAGUCUCCGGAGGUAUUAGCGCUACUACCAACAGCCAGGCAACUGAAAAAUAGGGCUCAGAAGCUCCGGAAAAAGGGGGAAUUUUCGAUCACGACAUACGCUGAUUUAAUGGUAUGGGCGUCGCCAAGAAUGUGCACUACGAAGGAAAUGUUCUUCCAGCAUAUGGCCUACAACAUUGAAGAGGAUGGAGAGAGGAUCCUGAAACAGCCUUUCGAUUAUCAGAACGAGCUGCUCGUUUUGGACACGUUUUCGGAAAAGUUGGACAAUGGUGAGAUUUCGUUGGGCAUCAUUUUUACCUCGAGGCGUUUAUUCCGUACUGGUCCACGAGCAAUCAUUGGGCAGCGGUCCAUGCACAGAUCAUCGAUGGACUUUCUUGCUGCAACGGACGGAACGUACAAGCUUCACAUCGGCGGCUAUACUCUGGUUUCGUUUGGAACAUUUGGGGUGCACUACG